AUACGUUGGGUGUGCUUUGAGGCCACAAGGGUUAGGGAAGGGCUUCGGGCUGGGGCGCAGUACAAUUGAAACAUGCAACCUCCUCCAAGAAAGGGAAACUACGCCAAGUUCUUGAAGACACUUCAUUCCGAACAAGUUGCAAAAUUACAAGCAAAGAACCAGCAUGAAUGUGAUCUUUUAGAAGACAUCAGGAAUUUCACUCUGAAGAGAUCAGCAAUAGAGAAAUCGUAUUCGGAGUUGAGAAUUUCGCGCGCGGGUGCUCACACUGCGAACGAGAAGGAGAAGCAGACGUGGAGGGGACUCUCAAGAGAGAAGCAGAAGGAAGGCGCCGAGGAAGGUAUCGCAAGUGUAAAUACCAGUGUCUCCACAAACACAAGAAAGAACAUGUGGAAUGUGUGGCGAACUGUGUUAGAAGAGAAUGAAAAGCUUGCCCGCGCCCGUCUGGCGGCUGUCGAAGUCUUUCAUCAGCAAAUUGCAGACGAUGCCAAAAUUUUGCGUGCGCAGAAAGUUCAGACAGCCCGCAAGUGCGUGGAACAACUGCAGGUGAUUCAGAAGGAAUUACAGAUGUGCGUUCAAGAUGUUGACAAGACGAAAAAAAUGUACUUUGAAGAGGAGCAUAGUGCGCAUGACGUGCGUGACAAGGCGAAGGACAUCGAGGAAAAGCUAAAAAAGAAGAAGGGUUCGUUCUUCCAGUCUAUUACCUCACUCCAAAAGAACAGUGCCAAGGUCUCAUCGAAACGCGAGCAAUUAGAAGAAAAGUCGACAGGUGCACGUAAUGAAUAUUUGCUCAGCUUAGCUUCUGCUAAUGCUCAUCAAACUCGUUAUUUCACUAUGGAGAAUUGUGUCUUCGAAAAAGUGGCCGAAUACCUAAUGCUCAUUGGGCGAACGGAACUGCUCACAUGUUCAGCCACGCAGACAUCUUUCACACGCAUCAGGGACCAAGCGCAACAGUUGACCCGUGAGUACAACCUGCAGUGCCUCUACCUGUACUACCCUGUACUGAAACAACACGUUCAGUACGAUUUUGAAGCUUGCGAGAAUGAUACGGUGGACAAAGUGACGGCGGAGCACGCUUCAGCUGUCCAAAGCCUCAGCAAGGAAGCAAGACGCUGGGCUACGCGCAUCACGCGAGAAAACAACAACAUUCGCGAGUACACAAGAAAACUACAUAUUUACCAGCAGAUGCGAGAUUCGGGUCAAAAGACUGACCCAAAUGAUAUUAAUGGACCUGAUUUAGAAACUAAAAUUGAAGAAUUACGACAAGGAGUUCGCAGAUCGGAGACUUCGAAGCUCAAAGCGGAGGCAAGAAUAGAAUGCUUGCGGAAUGGUGGAGUCAAUGUGGAUGAGUGGAUGCAGGAAGCGGACAAUCUUAGUGUUCAAGAUCUACCUCGCUCGGCUAGUUCGCUGUCUGUACGUACGGAUGCUUCAGGCACCGGGGAGCCGCUGGGCUCCGAUGGCUACUACGACAGCGACGCCGACGCCGGGUCGGAGGCGGCGGUGGCGGCGGCGGGGGCGCCGGCGGCCGCGGACGCCGAGCCCAGCGGCGACGCCGAGGAGCGCGACCAGGACGAGGGGGCCGAGGUGGACGGGCAUAUGGGGCCCAAUGAUGUUUUAAGUUGUGUUGUACAAACAGAUCUCUUCAAACUUUCUAUUUGCAUUUCUGGAGACUUGUUUCUUCUGGGUGCUCCCACUCCAUACUAUGAGUGGUCAGAAAUGUGCAGAACCCUGAAAUCUACUCUUGCAUUUAAGAGAUUUGAAAAUAGAGAAAAGACAAACAAGCCUCAGGUAAAAUUAAAGCAAGUGGUUCUUGAAAAGCACAUACUUUUCCUUAUUAAAACUGUUGUUGUUAUGCAACUUGUUAAACUAUUGCAACUUCUAUCCCAGUUUCCCCAAAAUAUUCAUUUUUAUUUAAACAAACUCAUAUUUGCACAGAAUGAAGUGAAUACGAUGGUGGAGCAGGAGCGGCAGCGGCUGGAGCAGCUGACCGCCGGCUGGGACGACCCCACGCAAGUGGACUGGGGGCCCGAUGACAGCGAGGUGUCGGCGGCGCCCGAUGCCAACACCGACUCCUUGCAAACAGUGGUCACGGCGCCUCCCAGCGCGGACCACCCCUGCAAGUGCAUCGCACUCUACAACUACACAUGCGCAGAACGACGACGAGCUGAGCAUCGUGGAGAACGAGCAGUUUGGAGGUGCUGGGCGAAGGCGACGCGACGGCUGCUGCGGCGCGCCGCAACUUACCCGCGGCUAGAGGGCUACGUGCCGCACAAUUACUUUGGGACUUGCAAGAAAUUCGACUUCAAACUUUGA